GCGGGGUAACCUGUUUGUCCGCUUUCUGCCGCUGAAGUCGUCCACCUGUCCUGUGCUGGGACCCACACACACACGCCAGGCUGAUGGUGCCUCAGGUUUCGGUCCAAGUGGAUUUUGGUCUGCCGCUGUGAGAGCCAGCACCCAACAGGACAAAUGGCCUCCAGGUUCAACAGGCGGAGCCUCUCCGACGUCCUGACCCUGGAGCGAUCGGAGCAGGGGGCCUUGGUUAUUUCCAACAUCGACGACGACGACUUGGCCAAUCGGAGGCUGAGGGAAGGGGACGAAGUGGUCGGGGCCACCAUCAACUUCGACCAUCUGUCCAAGGACGAGGUGCUGAGCGUGCUGAGGCUGAUCGAGCCCUACGAUGACAAAGUCCAGGUGCUCACCAGGAACAACAUGAGCCGUAGCCUGGGGAACCUGAACCAGGUCAACGUCACUCCGGAAACGAUGCUGAAUAAUUCCUACAACAAGCUGUACAACACCAAGAUCAAGAGGUUCAUGCGUCGCGAUUCGUCUGACAGCGAGAACCUCAGAGGCUUUGUGCAAACACUGCCUCACUCGUCCAAAGUCAGGACAAAACUGGACAACGACUUGCCUCGUCUCGGAGUGGACUUCGGACGCCUCGAGUCAAACGCGCACGACCGACAUUUCACUACCGUCCCGGACUUUCCUUCCGGAAGUUUCUCCCAGGGCCCUAACAUGAACCUGCCUCCUCUGGCCGUGGGCUCCAGCGGCGCCGAGAGGAAAGCCGGACAUGGAGUUCAGGUUUCACACCUGCUGAAUGGCCGAGGACAGGACGUGUACGGCCCGAGCUCAGGGUUUGAUCUUAACGGAGGAUAUGUCAGCAAACUGAAUAUGGGCAAUCACAACAUGGAGGGUCUGAGUGGGGAUGCGGAUUGGGAUGUGGACGGUUAUGGAGGGACAGCUGGAACCUCUCUAGGAUCAGCCAAAAUAAAUGCCCCUUACUUUGAUUUGAACGGUGCAGGCUACGGUCAACAUUCAGGAAAGCUCCCAGUGUCUCAAGACAAUUAUGGUCUUGAAAGUCCCUCUUUAGAUGUGAACACUGCAGACCUCCGUGUCAACACACCCAGGAUGAGAGGUGACUUCAGUACACCGGGCGUAGACCUGCACUCAUCUCAACUGCACGGCAUCAGUAUUCCCACCCCUGCAGUCCGCACCAAGGUUUCAUCUGCUAAGUACAAGGCCCCCAAGUUUACGAUGCCAAAGUUUGAUAUACCCAUUGUGGAAGUCCCUGGCAUUAAUGGCCCAGACUGGGACAUCAACGCACCAAAGUUAGAUCCCAACGGUCCCAAUGCUGAUUUUGAUAUCAAUGGAAAAUUCCGAAAGCCAAACUUGCCUAAUGUAGGUCUGAAUGGUCCCAAGUUAAGUGGUCCUAACCUAAGCCUCAAAACUGACCUAGACCACAGUGUUCCUAACCUCAGUGGUGGAAUAAAAGCACCACACCUGAAAACACCCAAACUUAAGACCCCUACAUUGAAGAUGCCAGACAUGAAAAUUAAAAAUCCAAGGCUAAAACUGGACACCCCAGACUUGGAUUUACCCAACGUGGACUAUGAAACUCCCAAGUUGGAUCUGAACGCUCCAGCCGUCGAUAUAGGAUCACCGAAUGCCAAACUAAACAUGCCCAAGUUGAAGAUGCCUAAACUUGGUCGCCCAAACCUUAAAGGGCCUGACAUUGAUGCAGACCUGGAUGGUCUAGGCGUAGACGUCAAUGCACCCAAGGUAAAUCUCAGUGGUCCCAACAUGGACCUCAAAACUCCCAAGUUGGACCUGAACGCUCCAAACACCAAACUAUCCAUGCCCAAAUUUAAGAUGCCUAAAUUCAAGGGUCGAAGCCUUAAACCUCCUAAAAUUGAUGCUGACCUGGAUGGUCUAGACAUGGACAUCAAUGCACCCAAAGUAAAUCUUGGUGAUCCUAACCUGGCCCUUAAGACUCCUGACCUAGAUUUCAGUGGUCCUAAUAUGGACCUUAAGACUCCUGACCUAGGUUUCAGUGGUCCUAACCUGGACCUCAACCCCAAUUUUGGGAUACAUGCACCACAACUGAAAAUGCCCAAAUUUAAGACCCCUAAACUUGAUCUCAAUGGUCCAGAUUUGGACUUGCCAUCAGUAGACAUGCCCGAUCUUAAUGGUCCCGACUUGAAACUGAAAACUCCACACAUAAAAGGUGGUAUUGAUGCCCCCAACUUGGACUUACCCAAUUUGGACCUAAAAGCUCCCAAGUUGGAUUUGAAAACUCCAGACCUCAACAUUGGAUCACCAAAAACUAGAUUUAAAUUCCCCAAACUAAAGUUACCUAAACUGGGGCGUCGAAGCCUUAAAGCUCCCGACAUUGAUGCAGACCUGGAUGUUCCAGACCUUGACAUUAAUGCACCUAAAUUAAAUCUCAAAGGUCCCAAAGCUGAUUUAGGUAUUGAUGGAAAGUUUAAAAAGCCAAAGAUUCAUCUGCCCAAGUUAGAUGGUCCUAAUUUUGAUAUGAAGUCUCCUGAUCUAAAAAUGCCCAAGCUUGACCUGAAAAAGCCCAAACUGGACCUGAAUGCACCAAAGUUGAAAGCCCCAAAGAUGGAUCUCCAUCGACCAGAAUGGGACGUUGAGAUUCCGUCCGCCAAAAUGAAAAUGCCGAAAUUCAAAGGGCCAAAAGUGGAUCUCCCAACAUUGGACGGUCCGGACAUACACGGUCCAGACUUCGACAUCAAUGCACCAGAUGUGAACCUCAAAGGGCCAAAAGCUCCACAUUUGAAGUUUCGAGGAAAAUACAAAGAGCCUCACUUGGACGGACCAGAUUUUAACCUGAAGUCACCAACUAUUCAUGGAAAAUUGCCCCAAGGCAACGUUGAUCUAAACGUCAGAGCGCCAAAGAUGAAGGGGUCAUUUGACACCCCCAGAGUGGACCUCCCAGACAUGGACCUCGAUGCUCCUCAUUUAAGAAAAUCUCACAUGAGAAUGCCGAGUUUGGACUUCAAUGGAGGCGUAAACGGACCUGACCUCGGUGUCCCAGGUGUGGAUAUCAGAGGCCCAAAUAUGAAACCCAAAAUGCCAAGUUUAGACAUCGACGACAUUGACAUGAGCUUUUCAGACCCCACGAUGAGGCUCGGAGCUCCGGAUCUCGACGUAGACGAUACUUCAAUAAACUUUAAGAAGUCGUUAAUUGGAAAGUCGGCUAUCAAACUGCCUGGUAUGGGUCUGGACCUAGACCAGGACAUCGCACAACCUCGUCUAAAAACCAUGUCUGGCCAUCUGGACGCGUCUUUGGAUGACAUCGACUUUACCCGCUCAGACCUCAACAUAGACGACUUCACAGGCAAGCACCAUGUUCCCCGGAGCAGAGCGUCCACCAUGGACUUCCAGCUUCCAUCGACAUCUGGUAUCAGCGCUGACCUGAAGACGCAAGCCCGCAGUGGACUCCAGCUGGACGCAGGCACUGACCUUUAUGCAAAAGUGUCCCGCACCGUCAAUGGCGCUCACGCGUCUUAUUCCCAGUCUUCCCAACAAAGAGCUGCCGACGCUUCGGCCGAGUACUUCGUUACAGAGUUCCCAUCACAAGAGCAAAGUCCAAACACCGUGACCCACACGUACAGCACGCUUGGGGGGAUGCAGUUUAAUCCAGGUGACGUUAACCUGGAAGUUCCGGAUCAAAGCGAACUAAAAGCCUCAUCCUUCAUCUUCUCUCACAUGGUUUAGGCCCCCAAAGCCGGAAGUCUGUCCAUGUGGUUCGCCACUAAAGCCAUCCAGGAUCACGUUGAACGACCAAAAGUACUUUUUACUCCUACUGUGCAAUAUUGCUUUUGUCUACGUUCACUUUGCUGCAGUUUCAAAUCCAGGUCUUGCCAGUGCUAUUUGGACACGUGGCCAGACCAGAUCCUUCUAUGGAUUCUUUGAAACUUUGGAGUAAAUGGUCAGAUGUGUACAUUACUGUGGUUGUACAUAGAACACCUGUAUAUUUAUAUACUGUCAUGUCCAUUUUUAUGCAGUGUAUUAAAAUGUCUACUGCCUU